GCGCAGGGCCAUCCCAAAGGCCCUGACCGAACUUCGCCUUGUCCAUUGUCGCAUGUUGCCCCCACACGCGCACCCUGCCCACGCCGCCCGCAUCCACAGGAAAGUAAAGUAAGAGCUUUCACCACAGCAAGAGCCCAGGCGCUAGGACACUCCAAGGUGUGUUCGCAUGUGGGGGCACAACGCGAGGCAAGGGGCUUUGGCCGUGCAAACAAGCCCAGCUAGUCACCAGGUCACCUAAGCUUCACAGGGUAUAGACGUGCAUGACAAGAGGAGGCGCGUAGACAUAGAUUCCAGGCCUCUGCCGUACUCCUAAGCGGGGUGCGGGGGUGCGGGCAAAUCCUCGCCAGGCCUCGCCUGAUAUUAAGGCUUGGCGCUGUGGAAAGUGGAGCUCAAAUUGAAGAGGUUGACAUCAAGUUUGGGGGCGAAACGUGAGGAGGGGCAGGGGCGCCGAUGGGGGUCGCGGCCGAACUCGCACAGACUUCUGCAGCGGAGUGAGCUUUAGCGUGGCUCGCGCCAUUGCCUCGACUGAAUGUGAUGCUUUCUUGUUAAGAUGCGACAAAUAGAUGACUUUAUGAUUGUGCAGUAGCCGUUUCGGGCAUAGUAUGAGCGAAAACGUCGGUAGCAUCUGGUCAUCGCCGUUUGCGGAGCUCCAGCUAACCCCUGCUUUGCGUCAUUGGCGUCGGGAGACGUAGACAAUACACCGAAGCUAUGAACAUCACGGAUAGCAGUGUGCACUCAGCUGUCGCGGCCACUGUCGAGGCCACUGUCGCAACCAGCGCGCUGCCGCCGUCAACGGCGCCUAGCCUCGUCAGCGUGCUCCCCGACGGCGUGCUCGCGCGCAUCGUCGCCGCCGCCGACAACCCCUCACGCCGUGCGCUGCGCCUCACCUGCCGCGCCCUGCGCCCCCUGGUGGACGCCGCCGCCGCCUCCCUCACGCUCUCGCGCUCCUCCGCCGCCAGCCUGGCCGCGCGCGGCCGGCUCCCCCACCUCACCCCCAGCCUCUCCCAGCUCACCCUCGCGCUGCACGACGCCGGCUCUCCCGCCGCCACACUGCUGCUACUGCCGCGGCUGGGGCUGCAGCAGCUACAGCGGCUCAGCAGCGUGACGCUGUCACUGGCCAGCGACCACGCGCCGCUGCCGGGGGCGGCGCUGGCGGCGCUGGCGGCGGCGCUGCCGGCCGCCACCACCCGCCUGGUGCUGCCGUACACACUCGGCUACAGCGGCGGCGUAGGUGCGAGCAUCGGAGGAGGAGCUGCAGGCAUCGUCGGAGGAGGAGGAGGAGGAGGAGGAGGAGGAGGAGGAGGAGGAGGAGGAGGAGGAGGAGGAGGAGGAGGAGGAGGAGGAGGAGGAGGAGGAGGAGGAGCAGCAGCAGGAGGGGGAGGGGGAGGAGGAGGAGGAGGGGGAGGGGGAGCGGCGGGAGGAGGAGGGGUUGGGGCCGGAGGCCAGGCGCCGCCGCUGCCGAGUGGCCGUCUGGACCUAGUCAUGCUGAGGCGGCUGCUGGAGCGCUGCCCGCAGGUGCGGGAGGUGUGUCUGGAGGGCGGCUGUUGGGCGCGCAGUCGGGCGGAGCUGGCAGCCCUGGCGGCGCUCACCGCGCCCCGGGGCGGCGGCGGUGGCGCCGGCGGCGCCGCCGCCGCCACAGCCGCGGCCGCACAUGUGGAUACGGGCGCGGGAUCGCGCGGGCUAGGGGACGGCAGCAGUGGCAGCGGCCAUAGCAGUGGCAAUGGCAGCGGCAAUAGCAACGCCUGCAGCCCUAGGCAGGGACCCACCGACGCCGGCAGCAGGGCCGGCACGAGCGGUGACGGGUCCGGCGGCGCGGCGGUGGUGGUGGCAGCGCUGCGAGGGCUGCAUCUGGCGGCGCCCGGCGGCGCCGACACGCAGGGCGCGCUGCCGCGCGCGCUGGCGGCGUUGUCUGGUCUGCGUCACCUGGACGUCUGGUUGGUUGCGCCAGCCAGCAUGGCGGCGGUUGCGGCCGUACACAACCACCAGCUGGGCGGCGGUCCGGUCUACGACAACGGCGCCAACGGCCACGAAGCCGAAGCGGCGGAUCCCGGCGGCGGGCAGGGGCAACACAAUGACAACCACAACCAGCAGCACAACCAACAGCCUCACAAUGUCUUCGGGCAUCAGCAUUUCAACGCCGCGGCGGUGGCGGCGGAGGCCGUGGAGGCGGCGGAGGCGGAGGCGGUGGCGGCGGCCUCGUCGCACCUGCUGCGCGCGCUCAGCGGGCCGGCGCUGUCUGGCCUGACGCGGCUGUGCGUGUGCGAGUACCAGGGCAGCACGCCGGAACUGCUGGAGGUGGUGGCGGGGCUGGCGCGCCUGGCGCACCUGGGGCUGUCGGGGCUGGACGACACGCCGUACAUACACGACGGACACAUGGAGCUGCUGGUGCGGCUGCCGGCUCUUCGGCACCUGGCAGUGGACCGCCUGGACCUGAGCUCGCCGCCGCCGCUGUGGGCGCUGACGGGGCUGGAGGUAGCGCUGGUGGCGCACUCGGCGCCGCGGCUACAGCACGUGUUCCCGGGAGUGGUGAGCCUGCAGCUGCGCUGGCUGUGGGAGCAGGCCAUGCGGCGUCUUGCGGGCUGGACGUCGCUGACCUCCCUCAGCCUGUCCAACCUGGACUGCUGCCUGGACUGGGGGCUGCUGCGCACACUAUCCAGCCUCACACACCUGCAGCUGUGUCGCGGCAGCAGCUACGAGCAGCUGGCCGAGCUGCUGUACCUGCUGCGUGCGCUGCCGCGGCUGAGCGUGCUGCGCCUCAGCGGCUGGCACUGCAUGCGCCAGGGCGAGCCGGGCCGGCUGGCGCUGGGCGUCACCCGCGGCCUGGGGCUGGGGCUGGGCUCGUGGCUGGGCCAGGGCGGCGCAGGCGCAGGUGCAGGUGCGGGAGCCAGUGGCGAGGGUGCGGGUGCAGUGGCGGCAGCGGCGGCGGCGGAGGCGGCGGGGGCGGCAGGGCAAAUGGAAGGGCUGUCACUGAGCGGCGGCGGGGCGGCGGUAGCCGGCGAGGGGCGUCUGGUGCCGUCGUCGCCCUGCCCCGCACUGCCCAGCACCGGUUCCAGCUCCAAUGGCGGCGGCGGCUCCAGUUCUUCUGCGGCAGUUGCGGCGGCCUUUGCGGCGCUGGAUCCAGACCUUCACCGGGCCUGGGGCCGCAUCCGUGCCGCCGCCAGCGCCGCCGCCGCCGCCGGCGCCGCCAUGGCGCUUCUGGGCUGCCUGCCCUCCCUGACCUCACUGGAGCUGCACGACUGCUCCGCGCCGCUGCUGCGAUGCCUGGGUGCGUUGCCUGCGGAGCCGCCGCCGCCGCCGCCAGUGCCGCCAGCGGCACACGCGGGCGCGGGCGCCGGGGCUGGCGCCUCGUGCUCCGUCAGGGGCGGCGCCGCGGCCGGCAAGGGCUUGUUUGCGGGCGGGCUAGCGGACGCGGCCGCGGGCGAGGAGGAGGAGGAUGGUGAGGUGGCGGCGGCGGCGCCUCCGCCGGCGUUAGCGGGGCUCCGGGAGUUGCGGCUGGUGCGGCUGUUGGACGUCAUGGGGGAGGACGUGGAGGCGGCGGUGCGGGGCCUGCGCGGGCUGCGGCGGCUGGUGGUGCAGGGCUGUUGGGUGGACGGCGAGGCUCUGCUGCGGCUGCGGCUGCUGCGGGAGCGGGGCAUCGACGUGAUGGAGCGCCGGUAGCGGGUGGGCCGGCGGCACGGGCCACAGGCACAUGUGCAUGCGGACAAGGAGGGAAUGGUGCAUGCGCCGGGCUGUUAGGCAGUUGCCUGGGCUCUGACUGGUGCAACUGAGGUGGCGCAGGCAUGGGGCCGAGACCGAGUGCGGGGCCGAGACCGAGUGCGGGGCCGAGACCGAGUGCGGGGCCGAGACCGAGUGCGUCGCCGGGGGAUUCUUACUCGACGACUUGUGCCAAGACUUGUUCCUAAUUGUAAUCCGACUUGUGUCGCAUUCAUGAUCACGGCUAGCUGGCAAGGACGGGGCAGUCCAAUCUAGGGGAUAUCAUGCCAAGCCCAGGGAGCCUGUCCCGGGGGCCCUGUAUAUGGAGUAAGCGACGGGACAGGGUGCCUUGUAAAUGGACCGCUGU